AUGGCUUUCCAUGGCGUCGCGGCAGCGGUGGCCGUGGGAGCAGUCGCCGUAGGCGCCUACGUCUUUUGGCCCGCGGCCGUCGUCACUGCCGGCGCCAUGAUGAAGGCGCCGGGCGCCGCCGGGUACUUCAUCUCGAGGGCGGCCUUCGAGGCCAACCCACAGCUUUACUUCGAGCUGCUUCGCACGGUCGGAGCUAAGGCGGCGGCGGCUGCCUUCGCCUUCGUCGCGUAG